CGCACAAGUUUCUACUUGUUCACUUACUCCAAUAUGAGUCUGAAGACAGGCUUUGUGGUCCUCCUUCUCUGCGUGCCAGGGCUGCUCGGUGCUGAGUGGGGGGGGACCUACACUGAGAAGGAGAUCUGUGCAAUUAAAGGAUCCACUGUGAAGCUUCAGUGCUCCUUUAAGUUCCCUCCCACAGAAGACGGGCAUGUGAUCAAGGUCAAGGAAAAAUUUUGGUUCACCAAAGAUCCAAAUGAAGAUCUGAGACUGGAACCUCAGUACUUUGGUGGCGUGCAGUCUGAGUGUCAUGGCAACAUCUGCAAUCUGACCAUCGCAGACGUGAGACGGAGUGACAAGUACACGUUCAGAUUCACAACUAACCAUUCCAGAGGAGACUUCACCGUCAGGCCUGGUGUCAAAGUGAACGUCACUGAUCUGAAAGUACAAGUGACCUCAAGUCCCAGUUAUAUUGGGCGAAAAUAUUGGUAUGAUCUGAAGUGUGUCAGCACCACUUGUAGUCCUCGGUCUCCUUCUUCAUACGUCUGGUAUAAGAAUGGAGAGGAAAUCCCAAAUGCAAAGUCUCAAGAGUACAAAGUAGAGCAUAACUACACAAACAGUUACUCCUGUGCUGUAAGAGGACACGAGCAAGAUGUGUCUCCUCCAGAGUGUGUGUUGAACAGGUUAUGUAACAAGGUGGUUUACUACAAGAGACACAUCUGUGCCAUCCAAGGAUCAUCAGUGGACAUUAGCUGUGAAUACACGAGCUAUGGAUAUACCCAGACACAAUUGUGGUACCGUGCAGAUUCUAGUCACUGGGGAAAUCUCUCCAUGACUGAAGAUCUCCUGUCAGACCCUCAGUAUGAAGGUCGUUUUGAAUUACCUUCAGAGACUUCUGGAAAUAGCACACUGAGAAUAAAAGAUGUGAGGCAGAGUGAUUCUGCUGAGUACCGUUUCAAAUUCACCACUUAUUAUGGUGUUGAAUGGAGGAGUAUUUUACCUGGAAUCACCUUGACAGUAGCAGCUGUGCAGGUGCAGGUGAUGUCAGUCAGAGUUGAAGAUUCUCACCUUGUUGCACAAAUGUUGUGUCACACAAGCUGCCUUCCAGAAGCUCCUUUGUCUUUUGUGUGGCAUCACAAUGGAGUGAAUAUAAAGCAAGGAACCAAAGUAGAAGUCACCUUGUCACCUGGAGACUACAUCACCUGUACUGCACAACAACAUCAACAUAUCAGCAUCUCUCCUCACUUGUAUGUUCUGAAAAGACCCUCAGUGUCUCUAAAUGAUACUGGUGACAUAUUGGAGGGUCGUCCACUGACACUGACCUGCAACAUCGACAACUACGACUACCCCUCAGCAACAGUUGAUUACUGCUGGUACAAGAAGAAGAAAGUGUCUUCAAAAGUUAAAGUCCUCAGUAAAGAUCCACAACUGGUCUUCAAGUCCAUCAAGUCUUCAGACUCAGCAGAGUAUUGGUGUACUGUGGAGAACCAGCUGGGGAAGAAGAAAUCAGAACCCGUCUUCAUUGAUGUCCAAUGUUCCUGGGUCCUCACAAUGGCGGCAGCUGUGGGCUCAGUCGCUAGCGUUGUUCUGGUGGUCCUGGUUCUCACCGCCUUCCUGGUGUUGAGGAAAAGGAGGCAAUCAAAGAAGUCCAAAGCCCAGUCCAGGGUGGGCGCAGCUUGUGGCGAGGCUCCAAACCAGGAGAGGAAUGAAGUCGUCUAUUCUGAGAUCCGCUUCGCCAAUUCAAGCGACGGUCCUGUCGACGCCAACACCACGCCAGUCAUGCCCCUCAGACGCCUGGUGGAGGAGGAGGAAGAUGGCUUGGAGUACGCCACGGUUAAAAGUUGCGUCUCUGGGCCGAAGCCACAAGGUGGCGCUGGUGAGAACCUCAACUGAUGAAGACGCCCAACGCAGUAGGGAUGGAUGCAGCUUCUGAACUGUUGCUCGUCUUUUCACUUUUUUGGGAAUGAAUCAACCUCAGGCCCAGCAGGACUCACAUUCAAAUAAUCCAAAUAAGUACAGGAAAUACAUAAAUACAAAAAAUUGUCGCAUCUCGCUUCCAAGUUUGCAGCUUCACUCUCUGGCAGAUUUUUUUAAAGCAUGUUUUACUUCUUUUUGGCCUAAAUUACGCAUUUUCCAGCAUAAACAUGUCUGAAUGAAGUAAAAAAGAUCACUACUACAGUAUUAAUGGCCACUAGACAAGACCAAACCAAUCAGAAUGCACGCUUCAGUAUCGUGGCCAAUGAUUGGCUCAGCCUCAGCCAGCAUUACCAGAUUGUAUCAAAGAAAUGAACAAGUGACAAAAGGGUUUUAUACCAUUUUUGGGGGGUUAUAAUCAUGUUUAAAAAACAUUUUUAGAAGGUCAGAAGCAGUUUUUGUUUAUUCGCAAUUUAGGAAAAUAUUUAUAAUAUAGACUUGGCGGUAAUGAAUUUACCAGGACCAAAUGAGGGUUCACUCUACUAGGAUCGUGUAUUCAAGUGCAUGUCAACACACGUUGAAAAGGUAUUAUACUUCAAAAAGGGAAAUGUUUCAGGGUUGUUUUUCAAUGCUGAUGAUUAUAGUUUAAUAAAGGAAAAUAGAAAUUCAGUCGAUCAUAAAAUGUAAACAAUCGUCGAAAAGACGAUCGUAAACGACUGAUUUGUGCACCAAUCAGCUUCCUGAGCCUCGUCUUGAUUGAAAUAUGUUUGCAUGUUAUUCUCAUAAUUUCCUGUAAAUACUUCAAAAUGUUUUUACUGGACCACUAUCUGUGUCUUUUAUAAUUGUAUUUUAUUGUAUUGAUUCGUUUUUAUGUUUUAUUCAAUUUUA